GAAGCGCGAUUGCAAUUGCGCACGCAUCUCACAAGCAAUAUUGUUGCAAUUUGUCAACAUCUACUGAUUGUUUGUUGCACAUUAGCUCGGAAAUUGGAGACUUUACGUAGCACAGAGAAUACAAAUUCUGUAAUUUGGACUGGACAAGAUGGCCAGUUGCAAUUUUCAGGCGCAGUUAGUAUCCAUUAUGGAGGUAUUAGCUAAAGCAGCUGUAGCAGAAAUAAACAAACGGGUUGAUGAUAGCUGUGCAGUUAUACGGUUGGAAGUGACCCAAAGCCAGCGAGAUAUUGAUGGACUGAAAAGGAAGUGUCAAAUGAUGGAGGGCGAGCUGAAGAAGACACGAGUCAGGAGAAAAGUUUUUUACCCCAUGGCAUCAGCCAGAUCUUCAUAUCCAGUCAAGAUUGUUUUGAACAAGCAAAGGAGUAACUCACAGUGGAGAGAUGGAGAGAUGGCUGUUGAAGAGGACUCUCAACACCAGCCUACAGAUGUGGAGCAGAGAGCAGAGACUGAACCCAUACUGAUCAAAGAUGAGGAGACAGCAGAGGAUGUGUGGAAGACUGACCCUCAGGAAGAGCUCAGGAUCACUGGAGAGGAGUCUGGUUCCAAGCCUGGGCAACCACCAUCCUUUGAGCAACGGCAUUGUGAUGUGGACUUCAUCACACAACCCAACAUAUCUCCUGAAGACUCAGUGGAACAUUACCCCAAUUCUGAUGGUCCAGAGGAACCAGGCACACCCCAGCUCACAUCUACAGACGUUUUCAGCACAGAGCAGCACCGGCCAGAUGAGGACUCACAAGAGCUAGUGAUGGUGAAGGAUGAGAAAGAGGAGGAGCUGGAUCAGACCACGGCCCUCACAGGACCUGACCAGUUUGUCAUGGAUGAGACUGAUGGGCAGCUGUGGACCUCUGUGGAUCCAGGCAGAGACACUGACCCUGAUGGCCACCAAAUUUUCUCAUUUCAUGCCUCAGAAGAGUACUCUCAGAAUAUCUCUUUUUUCCCAUCUCAUUGUGGGCUGCCAUCCGUUCCUACUAUGACAGAUGAUGUAGGGCCAUCGGUGCAUUCUAGAGGGAAACCACAUGCUAACAUGUUCAGUGCAGCAGCACACAUGAAAAGACAUGUCAGGACAUUGGCUGAUGAGACUAGACAACAGAUGCCAGUAGAACAGAGCAGUGAGCGGCUGAACUCUAAUAAUGAUGGAAAUAGUUUAGCUCUACAGCCAAGGCAGCAUCAGCACAGGGCUUCAGAAGCAACAGUGAGAAUGAGUGAGUGCAUGACAGGGUCAAACAUGGCCACCACCUCCACCUUCUCUGGAUACAGCCUGAGUCGCAGUAGUUUUAACAUGGUGAAGAGAAUGAGGACACAGUGGAGGUCGGGCGGCACCACUGAGAGGCGUUUCAGAGAGAAACCGCACACCUGCGAACAGUGUGGCAGGAGUUUCACCAAGCAGUGGAACCUGAUCAGACAUGCUGUUGUCCACAGCGGGGAGAAGCCCUACGAGUGCACACAGUGUGGGAAAUGCUUCACCCGGCGCUCCAGUAUGAAGUCACAUCAGAGAACUCACAUAGGAGAGAGUGCAGUGUCUCAAAAUGUUGUACCCCGAUACCCCUUGGAUCCACAUACAAGUCUUAUGAUGUCUCAGGCCAGGUGGAAUAAAUAGGGACAUAAUUGCAUACUUUCUAUGUGAAAAUGUGGUCGGUAUUUAGAAGGUACAGAGACAUUUUACAAUAUUUUUCUCCCAAUUGAUUUGUGAAAUGCUUUGUCUGUUGAUGGCUCCUGACUUUCAUUUUAACAACCUAUUUACAACUGGUAAUGUGUUUUUGCCCAACAAAAUCAUAAACAUGUUAUAUUCAUUAAAAAUUAUUUCAUGAGAGUCA